GUCUUUGAUGUACAGUGAAGCUAACAGACGAGAGACAUUCACUUCAUGGCCUCAUGUGGGUUAUCGGUGGGCACAGCCAGAUCCUAUGGCUCAAGCUGGGUUCUAUCACCAGCCUGCUUCAUCAGGAGAUGACCGAGCCAUGUGCUUUACCUGUAGUGUGUGCUUGGUGUGCUGGGAGCCGACAGAUGAACCUUGGUCUGAACACGAGAGACAUUCCCCAAACUGCCCAUUUGUCAAGGGUGAGCACACUCAGAAUGUGCCUCUUUCAGUCACACUGGCGACAAGUCCAGCACAAUUUCCCUGCACUGAUGGCACUGACAGAAUAGCCUGCUUUGGAUCUGGAAGUUGCCCUCACUUUCUAGCUGCUGCAACAAAACGUGGAAAGAUCUGCAUAUGGGAUGUUUCCAAACUUAUGAAGGUCCACUUAAAAUUUGAAAUCAAUGCAUAUGAUCCAGCUAUUGUGCAGCAACUUAUGUUAUCAGGAGAACAGAGCUCAGGGGUUGACUCAAGGAGACCAACACUAGCAUGGUUAGAAGAUUCAUCUAGCUGCUCAGAUAUACCAAAAUUAGAAGGAGACAGUGAUGACCUGCUGGAGGAUUCAGAUAGCGAAGAGCAUUCCAGAUCAGAGUCUGUGACAGGGCAUACGUCACAAAAAGAAACUAUGGAAGUCAGCCUUGAUAUAACAGCUCUCAGUGUUCUUCAGCAACCUGAAAAGCUUCAGUGGGAAAUUGUUGCAAAUGUUCUGGAAGAUACAGUUAAGGAUCUGGAAGAACUUGGGGCAAAUCCCUGUUUGGCCAACUGUAAGAGUGAAAAGAUGAAGGAAAAACAUCUAGAACAACACAACAUUCCCUUUCCUUGUUUAUUAGCUGGAGGUCUAUUAACAUACAAAUCACCUGCUACCUCUCCUGUUAGCAGUAACUCUCAGCGAUCACUGGAUGGCUUAAGUAGGACUCGAGGUGAGAGUGUCUCAGAACAGGGAUCAACUGACAAUGAAUCCUGCACUAACUCAGAACUGAAUUCCCCUCUGGUAAGGAGGACUUUACCUGUAUUGCUGCUAUACAGCAUUAAGGAGUCUGAUGAAAAAGCAGGAAAACUCUUUUCGCAGAUGAACAAUAUUAUGAGUAAAAGUAUCCAUGAUGAUGGUUUCACGGUUCCGCAGAUCAUUGAAAUGGAGCUGGACAGUCAGGAGCAGUUGCUGUUACAGGAUCCCCCUGUGACUUACAUUCAGCAGUUUGCAGAUGCUGCAGCCAACCUAACUUCUCCAGACUCAGACAAGUGGAGCUCUAUGGUUCCCAAGCCUGGGACUUUGGUUCAGUGCCUGCGCCUGCCCAAGUUUGCAGAAGAGGAGAACCUGUGUGUAGAUUCAAUCACACCUUGUGCAGAUGGAGUUCAUCUGUUAGUAGGACUGCGGACUUGUCCUGUCGAAUCUCUGAGUGCAAUAAAUCAAGUAGAGGCCUUGAAUAAUUUAAAUAAAUUAAACUCGGCACUAUGUAACAGAAGGAAAGGGGAACUAGAAUCAAAUCUUGCUGUAGUGAAUGGCACGAGUAUUGAUGUAAUCCAGCAUGAGUCACCAGCAGAUGUACCAACUCCUUUAAUAAUUCAACCUGAACAGCGAAGUGUCAGUGGUGGAUACCUAGUGCUUUAUAAGAUGAAUUAUGCCACUAGAAUAGUUACUCUAGAGGAGGAACCAGUAAAAAUCCAGCAUAUCAAAGACCCCCAAGACACAAUUACCUCAAUGAUUUUGCUCCCACCGGAUAUAUUGGAUAACAGAGAGGAUGACUGCGAGGAGCCUGUAGAGGAAAUACAAUUAACUUCUAAAAAUGGCAGUGGGAGAGAGAGAAGAUCUGAGAUCUCUACUCUUGGGCACCUGGUAAUAACUACUCAGGGAGGAUAUGUAAAAAUAUUAGAUCUUUCGAACUUUGAAAUUCUGGCCAAAGUGGAGCCACCUAAAAAAGAGGGCACUGAGGAACCAGACAUGUUUGUCUCUGUGAUAUACUGUUCGGGCACAGACAGAUUGUGUGCAUGCACCAAAGGUAAGACUUCUCUUUAA